GUUACAAAACCCAAAGUAUACAAUGACAAAAGUUAUCGUCUCCAACUGAAAUCUCUUUUCUGGGACUACAAUGAAUGCAGCUGGUUGAUGCAGAACUGUUGCACAUUAUCAAAAUUCUGCUUUUGACUCACAGCCUGUAGGCUACACAUCAGCGAGAUCAAGAUCACUUUAUUGAAGAUGAAAUGGAUUCGAAUUUGGAUGUUAGAGAUGCUUCAGAUGAUGUGAGGAUUGUCCUGCUGGGAAAAACUGGAGCUGGGAAAAGUGCAACAGGAAACACAAUCUUAGGGAGAAAAGCGUUUAUAGCAGAUGUAUCUCACAAGUCCAUUACUAAAGAGUGUCAGAGAGAAACAGCUGAAGUUAACAGCAGACGCAUCACUGUGAUUGAUACUCCAGGACUGUUUGAUACUGAACAUGAAGAGAUUCAGAGAGAAAUGACCAACUGUAUCUCAAUGAUACUGCCAGGACCUCAUGUGUUUAUUAUUGUACUGAGUUUAGCACAACGCUUCACAAAUGAGGAGGAAGAAUCAGUGAAGAUCAUUCAAGAGAUGUUUGGUGAAAACUCUUUAAUGUACACCAUGAUACUCUUCACCAGAGGAGAGGAGCUUAAAGAUGAAACCAUUGAAGAGUUUUUAGGAAAACCUGGAUCUCCUUUAAUGAAUCUCAUUGAACAGUGUGGUAACAGAUAUCAUGUGUUUGAAAAUACUGAGACUGAAGAUCACACACAAGUUUCUGCUUUACUGGAGAAAAUAGACAACAUGGUGACAACAAACGGAGGGAGUUAUUACUCAUCUAAAAUAUUCAGAGAAAUGGAGCGAGAAAAACAUGAGAAAGAAAUAAAGAUACUGAUGGAGAAAAUAGAACAACUGAGCAGAGAGAAAGAAGAGGAGAGAGAGAGAAUGAAGAAGAUGAUAGAGGAAGAAAGACAGAAACAUGAGCAAGAGAGACAGAAAAGAGAAGAGGAAUUUAUAGAGAGAGAAGAAAGAUAUAAAAGAGAAAUGAAGGAGCAAGAAAAACAGCUGCGAGAUGAGAUGAGAAGAGAACAAGAGACAUUAAAAAAUGAAAUAAAGGAAAGAAUCAAUGAAAACAAAGAUCUCCAGAUCAAAUUUACAACACAAAUAGACAAACUGAUGAAUACAAUAGAGACUGAACGACAGAAUCGUGAAAAAGAGAGAAAGAGAAGAGAAGAUGAGUUUAGAGAGACAGAAGAAAGAUAUAAAAGAGAAAUGAUGGAGCAAAAGAGACAGAUGGAAGAUGAGAUGAGAAGAGAAAUAGAGACAUUAAACAAUGAAAUUGAGGAAAUAAAGAAAGGAUACAAAGAUCUCCAGAUAGCAUUUAUAAAAGAAAAGGACAGCGCAGAUAGAGAAAGAGAAGAUCUUUUGUUAAAACAUGAAACAGAGAUAGAGAGAAUGAAAGAGAUGAUGGAGGAAGAAAGACAGAAUCACGAGAAAGAGAGGAAGAUAAGAGAUGAUGAUUUUAUAGAGAGAGAAGAAAGAAAGAAAAGUGAAAUGAAGCAAAAGCGAGAGAUGCAAAAAGAGAUGAGAAUGGAAAGAGACAGCUAUGAGAGAGAGAAAUCAGAUGAAAAAAUGAGAAAAGAAGAAGAGGAUCAGAAAAGAAAAGAAAAAGAACAAAUGAUGUUGGACCGGUAUGAGAAAAUAAAAAAAGAGAAAGAGAGAACAGAAAGAGAAAGAGAAGACCUUCAAUUAAAACACAACACAGAGAUGGAGAGAAUGAAGAAGAUGAUAGAGGAAGAAAGAGAGAAACGUGAGCGAGAGAAGAUAAACAGAGAAGAAGAAUACAAGGUAAAGAUGAAAGAAAUAGAGAGAAAAACACAGAAACAGAUGCAAGAUGAUGAAAGGAGGAGAGAGGAAGAAAAACAAAACUGGAGAGAAAAACAGAAGAUGCUUGAAGAAAAAAUCCAGAAUGAGAAACAGUUGAGAGAAGAAGAAAGAAAGAUUUAUGAAGAUAAAAUUCAUCUGAUUGAACAACAGUGUGAAGAUAAACUCAUGAUAAUUAAAUCAGAGGAGUAUGAAGAAGACAAAAGAAGAGAAAUAGAGAAAAUUAAAAUCUCCUGCUCUCAAACAGACUCAUGUCAUCUGAUUGAACCAAAGAUCAGCAAACAGCUUGAAAAACUCUUCAGUAGAUUAAAUUUAACAAACAGACAUCAAGAUAAACUGAGAACAGAAGAUUUUCUUAAAAUCACAAAAUCUUCACUUCAGUCUCAGGAGCCACAGAAAGAAACUGAACUUAUAAACUCAUUCCUACAUAACCUGUUGAACAUGAACUACAGAACAAGAGAAACUCACAUAAAACACAGAGAAGAUCAACAAACACCUGCAAACUACAACCCUGAAGUUGACUUUGAUAUUCAUGUGAUGGAUGUUCAGAUGGCUGUGUUUCAUUGUGCUGAUAGUUUCCUAAAGCAGCUGAUGGUCACUAAACUCUCACAGUGUCAGUUUGCUCUUCCUCUGCUUGUUCCUCAUCCAUUCACACAACAGAUUGAGUUUCCUCUCUGGGCAUUCAGACAAAUCAACAAGAGCUGGAAGAUGAGAAAUAAUGAUAAUGAGAUCAUCAGUAAAGUCCAGCCUGUGUUCAAAGCAGAAACUCCAAUGGUGUCGUUCUUCAGGUUUGGCUCCUUGUCUUCAUCAAAGUCUCAGCUGAUAAACAGUUUGAUCAAUGAGAAGCACAACACAUUCUUCCACAGAAACUGCUCAGGAAGCAGCAGAACCAGACUACUGAUGGAUGGAGUGGUGGAGAUCGCCUGGUAUUGUCCAUCUGGAAAAAACACAGAUAAAUUUACUGACUGUGUUGCCUUCUGUAAUCUUCACGGUGAUGCAGGAGACAAUGAGAAACAAUAUGAGAUUUUAACCAGUAUGUCUUCAGUCAAUGUCCUCUUCUUAUCUGAUUUUGGACAGAAGAACCAGUAUAAGGGUUUGGUGAGGUCCCUCUUCAGAUCUACUCAACCUCUUAUCUGUCUGCUCACAGAAAAUGACUGUAAUAAAAGUAAACGGACAGAUGGAAAAUUCAUCUUUGGUCUUUUGAACAAAAAUCAAUCUUAUCUAUCUAAUGAAAUAACAGAGACAAUCAGAUUGAGUCUGAAACAGCACAAGAAGACUUUUAAACUGGAAGAUGUGACCAAACACACAGGAAUUCAAGUAGAUGAGAAUAAUGAAGAGUGUCAGAGAGGAAAAGAGGCGGUGCUUCAGAUGAUGAGAUCACUGGAUGUUAAAGAUCCAUCAAAAGUUAAAGAAACAAAUCUGCCCUGUCAGGGGAAACUGUGGCAUGACUGGUGUAAAAAAAACAAAGAGCUUCGUCAUCUAGGAGGAGAAAAUCUAGAAGAAGAUAAAAGCACAAAACUGAAACUGAUGAGAGAAAUAAGAGAACAGCAAAUGUCACAAGGAUCAAGUGAAUUUAUGAGGAUGUUUUUUGAAGCACUGCGAUCACUGAAAAAUUGUGAAAAAAAGUAUUUUCUGACAUGGAUGAUAAACCUGUUGGAUGGCUUCAAUUCUAAAAUGCUUUGUGACACUCAUAAGGAGUAUGAUCGGACAUGGAAGGAAUUCUUAGCUAUGCAACAAAAGCCAGACAAACAAGACCAACUGAGGAAUAAACAAACAGAGCUUGAGGAAAUAUCAGAACAAAUCAAUAAAACCUUUGGUUUGGAGCACAUUGUUAGAGAGCUCGGUCAGAUCUAUGAAUCAUGGUCAUCUGUAAAGAAAAACAAUUUCUCUGAUCUCCCGAGUCUUGCAGCAGAGAUGAUGAUCUCUGGAUUUCCACUGGAGUUGAUGGAUGGAGAUGCUGCUCAUGUUCCUCUCAUCUGGAUUAAGGCUGUUUUAGAUCAACUCAUCCAGAAACUGGGAGAUCCGAGAGUUUUUGUGCUGUCAGUUUUAGGGAUUCAGAGCUCUGGUAAAUCCACUUUACUCAAUGCCAUGUUUGGUCUUCAGUUUUCUGUCAGUGCUGGUCGAUGCACCAGAGGAGCUUUCAUGCAGCUUAUCAGAGUAUCAGAGGAGUUGAAACAACAGCUGAAGUUUGAUUUUAUUCUGGUUAUUGAUACUGAGGGUCUUCGUGCACCAGAACUGGAAGGUGGAAGGUCAUCAAGAAAUCAUGAUAAUGAAUUGGCCACAUUUGUUGUUGGUAUUGGAAAUCUGACAUUGAUCAACAUCUUUGGAGAAAACCCAUCUGAGAUGCAGGAAAUUCUCCAGAUUGUUGUCCAGGCCUUCAUGAGGAUGAAGAAUGUGAGACUGAAUCCCAGCUGUAUGUUUGUACAUCAGAACGUUUCAGACGUCACAGCUGGAGAUAAAAACAUGGAGGGAAGAAGACGACUGCAGGAGACACUGGAUGAGAUGACAAAACUUGCUGCUAAAGAAGAAGUCAGUGAUGCAGGAUACUUCAGUGAUGUCAUUGCAUUUGAUGUUCAGAAAGAUGUGAAAUAUUUUACUCAGCUGUGGGAGGGAAGCCCACCAAUGGCGCCACCAAACCCAAACUACUGUGAGAAUGUUCUGGAUCUGAAAGAAUCUAUUUUAACAAAUGCUUCAGAAUCAAAUGGCAUAAUGCUGUCACACCUAAGGGGACGUAUUGAGGAUCUCUGGGAGGCUUUGCUGAAUGAACAGUUUGUGUUCAGCUUCAAAAAUUCAAUGGAAAUCGCAACUUACAGGAGAAUAGAGACAAAAUACAGCAAGUGGAGCUGGAGCCUUCGAAGUGCAAUGAUGGAAAUUGAAAACAAACUACACAACAGAAUAGAAAAUGAAGCAGUUUGUGAAGUUGAGGAAACCGAUCUACAAAGAGAACUUCAUGAAAAAAGUGAAAAAGUGAAAAAGUCAAUGUCUGAAUUCUUUGAGAAAGACAGAGAUGCAGGAAUACUGAAUCAGUGGAAAGCUUCAUUUGAAAUAAAAAUCAAAGAGCUUCAGGAAAACAUUGUGAGGGAGACAAAGAAGAAAUUAAAUCAGGUUCUUCAGCAGCGAGAGAUGAUGAAAAAGAUUGAUGCUCAGAGGACACAACAUGAAAACAGUCUGUUUCAAAAGAGCAAAAAACUUGGCUUGAAACUUAAAAACAAAGCAAAUGAUGAAAAUAUCAUGAAAAAAGAGUUUCAUUCCUUUUGGACAGAGCAGAUGGAAAAAAUCAUCACAAACACUCCUCCAGUUCAAAACAUUGACAUAUUAAAGGAUGUGACAGAUCUCCUCAGAAACACCUAUGAAAGUCUCCCUGUAGACUAUAAGAAAAUAAGCAGUGAGUACAUUAAUAUGCUCUCUCUGCAAAGCUAUUCAGAUUAUGUACAGGUAAAGAGAUCCAGUGGAGCUAUGGGACCUUUAAAACAAUUCUACAAAGGAGCUAAAAAGAAACGUAGCUUUGUUUUAUCUCCAGACGAUGAAGUUCAUGUAAGAACUUUAAUCAAUGAAAUGGCUGAUCACACAGAUAAAAUGAUUCAGUCAUAUAACAUUGCAAAGAUAGGCUACAACAUCAGCUGCAUUCAACAACUCAUAGAUUACAUAAAGACAAAAAUAUCAAAUUAUGAAGAAGAGUCAAAUGUGAAAUAUGUGUUCAAGAGAGAAUUCUUCAGGGAUUUGGUUGUUUGUAUUUGUCAGAGAACAAACAAGACAUUCACUGAUCAACACAAAAUAUUCAGAGGAGGAAAUGAUCCUGUUCGGUAUUUUAACCUGAAAAGAUUAGAGUACUACAGGAUUUUUCAGAAAUACUGUCAAGGAGCAACAUCAGCUGCCAUUACUGCUGAAUUUAUCUGUAAUAAACUUAAAGAGACCAUUGAGCAGAAUGUCUACAAGAAAACUGCCAGAGAUUUAGCAGAUGAAAUAAAGACAAACUGUGAAUCACUGAAUAAAAACAGAUCAAAUCUGGAGAAACACAUCCUGAAGAGGCUUGCAAAUAAAGAGGAUUUUAAAGCAUACAUGAAGUACAUCCAGAAUCCAAAAGAUCACUUUAAAAGUUUCAUCAGAGAUGAAGUCAGUCAGUACAUCACUGAAAGAUUUCAUGAUAGUGUUCAACCUAAGAUGGAGAAGAACAUUACACAGCUGCAGAAGAAGAUCAGAAAUGCAGCUCAAAAAUCCACCAAACACAUUAAAGAGAUCAAUGGAGAUCUUCAUUCAUGGUUGACUCAUUUCACUCAUCUGCUGUCUGAUGUUCUGGUUUUCUCUGUAAGUGACCUCACUGGAGUGAAUUUUACUGAUGUUGAUAUCACUGUCCUAGAAGAUGUAGUAAAAGAGAUUCCUUCUGUAAUAUUUGACACUCGCAUUAAAUUCACCACAGAAACAUUUCCAGUGAAGCUGAACACCACAGACAGACCAGAUGAGAUUCUGAUUGAUCAUUUCUAUCAGUGCUGUUGGGUUCGGUGUCCUUUCUGUGCUGCCAUCUGCACCAACACCAUAGAAGACCAUGAUGAAGAUCACAGUGUCCCAUUUCAUCGUAGUAAUGGACUGUAUGGGUAUCAUUACAGAGGAACAAGAAACCUAGCUAUCAACAUCUGCACAUCAGCAGUAGCCAGUGAUCGAUCAUUUUAUCCAGACCCAGACUCAGAUGUUUUGUGCCUUUGGAAGGAAUACAGAAAAGGAGGUCCUAAAUAUGCUAAGUGGAGCAUCACCCCUGAUCUCUCUGAGCUGCCCUACUGGAAAUGGUUUGUGUGCAAAUUUCAGAAGAAUCUGGAGGAGUACUACAAGAAAACCUAUGAGAGGAAUGGAAAGAUUCCAGAUGAAUGGAGAAAAUACUCAAAAGAGGAAGCCAUUGAGAGUUUGGAUAAAUACAUUUCAUGAAACACACAAAGACUUUAGGAUAUUGGUACACAAUACAGUUUGAAAUUAGUUUAAUGUGAAAUUGUCAGGGCUGAAGAAAGCAGGCAAAUGGAUCGCAGUGCGGAUAACAGAUAAUUUAUUGAAAUAAUAAUGAAUGUAAAUAGACAAUAGCACGUCUGGGCGCAAAGGCCACUCCGAGACAGACGGCUGGGGCGAGGAGCACACACAGACACUGGGGCGACGAACCACACACGUUCGGGCUCCAGCCAGACAAACGAACGGUGGGAGAGAUUAUGUUACAACAAUAAAUAUAUAACCACAACGACACAACAGGGAAAUCCGUAGACAGUCCGGCAAACCGGCACCCGUGGCAGACGAGGAGGAAAGAUCCUGCGACGGGCAGAGAGAGAGAGACAGAGUGUUAGUGGUGCUGACGGGAGAGGCUGGACAGCUCCAGUGGUGAAGGACCCUCCUGCUGGACAGCGGCAAUGCCGCAGAGAGCGUCCGCUGCUGCAGAUAAUAAUAGCAGUCCUAAAUAGCAGGCAGAUAGAGCAGCAGUCCGAACAAAUCGACAGAUGACAAAAGUCCAGGAAGCCGUCAGAAAACACAGAGUCUCAGAGUAAAUCCUGGGCAGCAAAAGCACAGAUUAGCGUGGCCAAAUAAACAAAACGAUAAACUGGGCAAAACUGACAAACGAAUGACAAGACAAGACUUCAAACUAGCAGAGCUAGUAACUAGUGAGUACAUGGACAAGUACAGACGAGUACAUCGACAAACGGACUUGCCAAGACACACUAGACACACAGGGAUUAAAUACACAGAUCAGCCGAGAGGAUAACAAGCAACAGGUGAGGAAGACGAGAGGAGGCAAUCACACUGAACAGGAACACCUGUGAGGGAAGCACACGUGAACCUGUAAAACACAUACAAACACAAGACAACCACAGUACCAACAAGACAAAACCAUAAAUA